CCCAAAAGAAAAUUUUACAAAUGUGUAGUGUUAUAUUAGAAAACUUAUUAAAUAUGGCAGAAUUUCUUUCUUGUGGUUUGUAUUGCCACAAUACACUAUAUAAUCUGGUCUCUGCCAAAUAUAUGGCACCAUCCAUCACCAACAGGUCUUGGUUGGAAAGGUUCAACAGAGUCUUGUGUAGUGGAACCUUGAUUCUGUUUGUUCAUUUACAGUGGUUCAUUAGUUCUGUCUUUAUGUAAGAGGGGUUAUUCUUCUGUUGUUAUGUUUGUGGAAUAAAAUUAUGAAAAAUGUACAUUUUUGUUCAGUACCAACCUAUUCACCUCUGACCAUUGUAGGAGAAACAUUUGCCAAAGUAUGAGGAGAAAUUUCCAGGUGAAAAUCCAAAGAAAUGGAAUACAAAAAUUACUAAAGCAUUAGAAGACCUUUGUGAACAAUUAGAGAAGUGCUAUGGAAGACAAAAAGUUUAUGUGACAACUAGUAGGUACUUUUCAAAAUUUACUGCUGACAUUAAACAUGCUAUUCAAGAAGGCCUGCAUUUCUCAGAAAGUGAAAAGAUUUCACUUCCAUCUGAAUUGCUGUUGGCUGAAACAGGUCAAGAAGAAAAGUCUUCAAACUCAUCUCAGGUCCUCAGUGAACUUCAAGGAACAAAGGAGGAUUCAAAGUCUACAACAGUGGAUAAAAAUUCCACAGAUUCUAAAAUUACAAAUUCCUUGAAGGAACCUGAAGGUGUAUCUGGCUCUGACUUUCAAGAAAAAAAUAAAUCUGUUAUAAAUAGUAGUAGUGAUAGUAGAAAAGAGCCUGAGUCUAGAGACACUGAGGAAUAUUUUGAAAAUUCAUCUAAAUUGUUGAAAGAUAAAGUAUCAACAAGAGAAUUUUUAAAAGAGCAAAGUAAUGUGCAGAAAAAGGAGAAUGAACAAGAGCAGCAAAAUUGGAAAGCAGUCAAAACUGACUCUGCAACAGAAAAAAAUGAUUUUCAGGGUGAUGGAAAGUUGUUUGUACAUGAAAAUCAAGAAAGUUUCAGUACUUUUACAGGUCCGAAGAACAAAGAACAGAAUAAGGGUAUCAUUCAGAGUAACAGAGAACUACAGAAAAAAGGCGUAUACAAGGAAGAUGAUCAAAUGAAUAAAAAUGCUUUUCAGAGUAAACAAGAUCAUCAGCAACAGAACAAGGAUGCUUCUGAAAUAGAUACUCUUCAAAAAGGUGUGACUAAGGACAUUUAUCAAAGUGUUGGAGACCAGCAGAAAGAGAAUAAAAAUGAUCCUUCUGUUUUUGCUGAAAACCAAGAAAAAGAGAGAAUUAAUGAUGUUUCUAGAAGUGACAAAAAUCUGUUUAAAGAUGAAAGAAGCAACACAGAACCAAAAAGUGAUGUAGAUCAGCCAAAAGAGAAAAGUAAAGAUGGGCUUAAAAGUGUUAAAGAUAAAGAAAAUGUUGAAAAAAUUAAGGGUAGUUCAAGAAAAACUAGUAUUCAACAUAGGGAACAGGAUGAGAUCAACAAGGAUGCUAAAAAUGACAUGAAACACUGUGAAAAGGAUGUUAGACAAGGUCAAAUAACAGGUAAUUCUAGAAGAGAAAAAAAAGAUUUACCCUGGCAGCAUGAUAGAAAUGAUCGUAGUAGAGAGAACAGAGAUAGAUAUCAAUUUCAAAUGAAAAGAAGAAACCAUUCUAAAGAAGAUUCUCCAGCUAAAAGGCGGAGGAACAGAAGUCCAGCUAGUGUGAACAAACCUGAAGAAAUGAGUAAAGACUUCAAUAUUACAAAGAAGCAGUCGGAUUUUCAGAGAGGAAAUGAUUACAGAAGUGCCUGCAGUGACAGUAAAGUGUCUGAAGGUUAUAAAGGUGAAUUGUCAGAAAAGAUUGCCAGCCAGAUAAAUCAGAGAGGAAAACAUCUGAGAAACUGGCAAGACAGGCAAAGUUUCAGACUUGGAAGGACAGAAGAUUCUUUUUCGAGUCCACUGAAAAUGGGGCAGUUUGACAAAGGAGAAAAGCUGAGUGUCAAUGCCAGUGGCCUUCCAAACAGAAGUAACAUGAGUACCAUGAAUAAAAAUCAGCCUAUUUCUGAUAGAAGGACAAAUGUUUGGGAAGAAGGAGACAACUCAAAAAACUAUGAGGAUAUAGAAAUAACAAAAAGAAGACGUGAGACAAACCAUUUUUCAAACAUUGGUGUCACUUCUUUGCAGCAGUUUGAAGACACAAGGUUGAUGCAGUUACAUCGGAAAGGUAUUCUUGGUUCUUAUGCAUCUGCUAGUGGGCUGCUUCAAAAUAAAGAACAUAAUGUUGGCCCAUCUAUGCAUCUUAGCAGGAAAGAUAUAGCUCAUUCGAUAAAUAGUCCACAGAGUAGUGGAAGGAAGAGGCCAUCUCAGAUGGCUAAGAAUGUGGUACCAAAAAAGUUGCAAGCAUCCCAGAUGAAAGCCAGAACAGAAUUGCAGUCUUUUUCAACACCAAAUAUAGGAUCUUUCAUCCAAAGUGGUUAUUCUUUUGAUAAUUUAUCUGUCAAUGAUUACAGUGGUGCAAAUAAAGAAGAAAUUGCUAAUCAUCUAGCUUCUGCCCUAACAGAAAAAGGGAUGACUGACAUCCCAGACCACAGAUUGGUUUCUUUUCUUCGGGAACUAGGAUAUAUGAAUCAAAAUAACCCUAUCUCCAAUGCCAUGUCUUAUACAGGUGUUGAAAUGAAUGCAGAUGAGUCAUCAUUUUACAGAAAUACUCCCCACUGGCAGAAAAAUUUUGUCUCCCAAAAUAAUCGGGAUAUUUCAGGUAUUAGCCAAAGAAAGAAAACAUUCUCAGAAUUAGGUAUGACAUCAUUAAAUGAUUCUACAAAGCAACACUUUGGUGUAAGAGCUCAAACAUGCUUGAAUCCAGAAUCCAACUCAGCUAUUGAGUCGAUGCAGUUGUCAAGCACAUCACGUGAUUCAGGUAACAUUUAUAGAAUGCCAACAUCUAAGAUCCAGACUCGAAACCAGCAAAAUCCAAGACAAAGUCAGAAACAACCAAAGCAACAAAAGAGAGAUUUGAAACAAAAAGGCCAAAAUAUCAAAGCCUCUCAGUGUCAGAGGUCUGAACCACCAAAAUCUUUGGAGGAUGAGGAUGUUUCAUAUUCCAAAACUAAUGAAGAACAAUUUGUAAAAGGAAACUUUGAGAUUGCAAGAGAAAUGCUGCCUUUACAGUUUGGAAAAUGCCAGGACAGCCAGACAGGGACUCUGUAUAGACAUUCCCAAAGGAAAAGGAGAUCUAAGAAGCUGUCAAAAGAAAGUUACAGACAAAGUGGUAAGGCUUCUGGAUCACCUAAAGAAAAUACAGAAAGAAAGACAAAUAUAACAUCCACUAAUAAUGAAGAAUUAUAUACAGCAGAGAGAAAUCAGAAUGUGAGACUACUUGAAGAAAAGCUGCCAUCACAGUUUGGGAAAAAUCAAAGUGGUCAAAAAAGACUUCUUCACAAACAACCUCAGCAAACAAAAAUAUUUCAAAAUUACCCUCGAGAUAAAUCCCAAUCAAAACCCACAACAUUUGGGACUUCUUAAAGCUUUCAAGGAUUCAGAAAUGACAACUAGUGGAGCAGUCACUGUUAAUGAAGGACAGCUUGCAAGAGUAGGGGCUCGGAAGUCAAGAUUUUCUGAAAACGUGUUGCCCUCAAAUUUUGGGGAAAAUCAAAA